AUGGCAGCACCAAGACGAGCACUGCUGCGUCUAUCGCAAGCACCAAGAGCACCAUGUCUCGCUCAGCAACGGGCUACCUUUGCUUCUACUCCAGUAGUCGCUAGGUCCGACUACGCCGCGAAGCACGCACAAGCCCAGAAGCUGCUCAGGCAGCAGCAGGGAGGCAAGCUCACCAAACAGAAGGCUGGUAGUAAGGGAAAGGAGUCCGCGAAGGAUGCCAUCCCGUCUUUAAUGGACGCCAUCAGCGCGCCCGCACGACAGGUGAACCUGCCCAACUUGGAGCCCGCUGUCCUUCUUAACGGGGAUGCCGUCGGUACUGUGUACAAAUACUCUAAAGACACCCUUGCGAAGCUAAAUGCCUUGGACUCCGUCGAGCUCCUCGGAAAGGAGUACUUCGCCCACACCGCAUGCGUGAUCCGCGUGCAAUCCACCGAGAUCGCCAAGAUCCUCGAAGGCGAUGCAUCAAGCGAAAACAGACGUAUCCUCCUCCACGGACCCAUUGGAUCUGGAAAGACUUCGCUCUUGAUGCAAGCCCAGGCUUACGCUUUCGAGAGCGGAUGGGUCGUGAUUCACAUCCCUAAGGCAGUGGGGUUGGUCGACAACACCACCGCAUACUCCUACUCCAGCAAACGCGAACUUUACUUCCAACCCGACAUGGCCGCUAUCGUCCUCAAACGCGCCUCCGAUGCAAACGCCAAGCUUCUCUCCUCCCUCAAGGUCUCCAAACCCUGGAACUUCGACCGCCACACCAUCCGCGCAAACUCUUCCCUGGCGGACCUCUGCAAAGCCGGUAUCAUGGAUCCCCUCGUCGCCCCCCACGUCCUCGAGGCCCUCCUCUCCGAGUUGAAUGUAGACGGACGUCCACCAACGCUCUUCACCCUCGACCACUUUAACGCAAUCUGCCAACCAACAAAAUAUAUGUCCCCGCAACCCCCUCACGCCCCCCUCCACCCCCAGGACUUCCACAUCGCGCAUACCUUCGCCUCUUACCUUUCCAACACCCAAACCCUCAAACAUGGCGCCGUUAUCGCCGCUACCUCAUCCCGCGUGUCCCCCUCCCGCGCUCUCACCUGCGCCCUGAAGCUCGCAACUCAAAACCCCUACGAAAAACUCGACACCCGCAUCGAGCCCAUCGUCUCCUCGGCCAAGGCCAUCGAGGUCCCUAACUACACCCGUGCGGAGGCAAAGUCGAUGUUAUCGUACUACGCCAAGACCGGACUCAUCCAAGCAUCGCAGGAAACCGAAAUUGAGGAGGUCCCUGUAGACUUCGAGACGGAGAAGUGGAUGGUCACGGCGGGGAAUGCGGAGAAGUUGUUUAGGGCUUGUUUGAAGUCGAUGCCGUUUAUUAAGAUGCCGUGGAAUUGGGGACGGAAGGUUGAUUAUGGAUCGGGGUUGUAA